GCGGCGCAUUCCACUUGUCGAGCGUUUAUUUGCCGCUGGUGUCUUUCACGCGAGUUUUAGUAAUUACGAUAGAAUUCAUUAUUAACAGGCACGUAGGAGUAUCACGUGUGCGAAAGGAAAAGAAGUUGCGAGAAAGUGCGGCCGAGAAACGAUUCGAUAAUUCUUGCGAUAUAUUCGGUGUCCAUCGAUUCCAGUACAAAAAAAUACGGCCGAUCCGACGAAUAAGUCGAACGAUAGUGUUUGCCGGAGCCGGUUCGAGGAAGAUCCUGUGCGCCUCGAUCUCUCGAUCGAGUAGGGGUUGGAACAAGGCGGUGGAGAAGGGAGCCCAGUGUUUCCGGUUUCGCUCUUUCGGAGUUCCGCGUUUUCGGUAGCUCAGUGUACCAGUGAAACAGAUAUAUAUCUCAGUGACGAUUCCAUCGCGACGCCUCCGCGAGAAAGCUAUCGAGAAAUGAAGAAGGGAAGAUUCUGCAUCGUACUCGCGCCGUUCAUUUUGUUGCUGUUCUUCGUGUCGCCGUCCGCCACUUACGCUCUGACGACCUUCGGCAAGACCAACCCUCAGAACCAAAAUCAAAAUCCGCCGCCGCCGCCAACGCCAGUUGGAAAGGCUCGCGAAUGCAAGUUAGAGUCCGAUUGCGCCGGCAUACAGAAUACGACGUGCAUGGCGGAUCCGAGGGAUGGCAGGACGCGUUGUCUGUGCGGCGACUAUUCCGCACCGCAGAACGGAGCGUGCAACAACAAAUACAAAGCAUUGCGCGCACCGUGUAACGAGGACACCGAUUGCUUCGAAGGAGCGCACUGCGUGCAACCGAACAACUCGAUGUCAGGGAAACGAUGUUACUGUCAAGAUGGCUACUACGAAGAGAGUCACCUGGUGUGUAACGGUUGUUCAUCCAUCCUCGUGUUUCACACGUCGAUUUUCCUAGCUUUUCUAAGUCUACUGAAAGCAACUGUCAUUUAAACGGACUACUUGGAAUCGUCAAAUAUAUGAAUUCCUCGAAACUACAAUCCUACACGAUAUAAAAAAAUCUCUUAAUUUUUAAAUUCGACAUACGUCAUGUAGCUGUAAUAAUAAUAAUAAUAAUAAUAAUAGUA